AUGUUUUGGCGAUGCGUUUUAGUGGUAUUGACAUUCACGAGUACAACGUCAGCUCUGCUCGGCUCCAUGAAGAACGUCACCGUCAGAGGGCACCUGGUGUGCGGUACACGAAAUUAUGCGCACGGAAAGCACUGUACGUAUACGGAUCGAUAUCGUGUACCGAAAGAAAGUGUGGGCAAGACGUACGAGUUUCGCGAACUGAAACUCGAUCAGCCAACCCAAAAACUACAAAGAAAAAUGUACAAAUUGACAUUACUGGCCGCAAUUGUGGCGUUUGCCGAGGCUGGAUGGAUAGGUACCAUGCAACAUGUGACGGUGAAAGGACAACUUGCGUGUGGCCAAAAAUCGGUUAAAAACGUUAAAGUGGAAUUAUGGGAGGAGGAUUCAUUUGGACCAGAUGAUCUUCUGAAUACAACGACGUCGGACAAUAAGGGUUACUUCAGCAUUUAUGGCCAAGAGAAAGAAAUCUCCGUCGAGCCUUACCUAAUUGUUUAUCAUAACUGUGAUGGCGGUAUUAUCAACGAGAAAUGUGAAGUAACCGAUGAAUUCACUGUUCCGAAGGAUAAAAUCGAUGGUAUUUAUGAGAUGGGUAUAAAAGUCUGGCAGUACUGUAUCGAUGAAAGCGUGAUGUUUUUGAACGAGAUAUUGCUCGCUGAGUUCAGGGAAUCGGUUAUAGUUUGUCUUGAAAGACGAUUCAUGAAAUGGAAUUUGUUCAUGAUGAAGGAACUAUUCGGAAUUUUCUUCAUUUUACUGCUGACGUUGAUUGGUGUCAAUGCUCUUGGCAGCUUCAAAAACGUUACAGUAACGGGACAACUCGGAUGUGGUGAUCGUUCAGCUGCGGACGUUACAGUUGAGCUUUGGGAGAAAGAUACGGCAGAUCCAGAUGAUCUACUGAAUACGACAAAGUCAGGUCCGAAAGGAUAUUUCCGUAUUUAUGGGCAGGAGAAUGAGAUCGGUAACAUUGAGCCGUAUCUGAAAAUAAUACACCACUGUGUUAAUGGCGUCAUAGAUCCGAAAUGCACAGUCUCAGAUGAAUACGACAUCCUGAAGGAACACAUCGGUAGAACCUACGAUAUGGGUAUCGUGAGUCUGAAUAUCGAAAAGAGGCACCAUAAGAAACGCAACAUGCUUCAGCAGGCGUUGUUUCUUUCACUGGCAGUAGUCACUGUGAACGCACUCGGAAGCGUGAAAAACAUUACCGUAACGGGACAAUGUGCUUGCAGCUCGAAAGCUGUAAACGAUGCAAAAAUCGAGUUGUGGGAACAUGAUACAGCCGAUCCGGAUGACCUUUUGAAUACAACGAAACCGGUGCAGAAGGGUAGAUUCGAGGUGUAUGGCGAACAAAGCGAAAUCGGUAACAUUGAGCCAUAUCUUCUGAUCACGCACAGCUGUGAUAACGGACAAAUCAAUCCGAAAUGCACAAUUACCGAUCGCUACAAUAUCCCAAAAGAACACAUCGGAGGUACCUAUAAGAUGGGUAUUGUUAGUCUGAAUAUUGGUAAAAAAGGAAGAAAGAAGAACUGUGUUUAA